AUGGCCUAUGAAGGAAACAGAGGUUCCUCUGUCUUGGAUGGAUUUACUUUGAGUCCCCUUCCAUAUCCUGUUCUGUUAAUCUUAGCAAUGAUCUUCAUCUUCCUUGGUAGUUCAUGGUACUUUUCUUAUGAAGAAGCUGUUGAAAAUGCUCAAGAACAAUUGGGUUGGGUUCUAUUUGCGUUGCCAGUGGUUCUUAUACUUAUAGUUUGGUUGUUAUCAUCAAUGGAUGAUUCAGAAUGGUUUUCUGUAUGGGGCAGGCGCAGGACAACCUACAAAACUCCCUCAGAAGGGAGCUCUCCAUGGGGUGUGGCUGCCUUGAUUGUUGUUUUGUUGCUUUUGGUGAAGUUUCAAUCUUCUUUUCUUGAUAGUUGGUUUUAUUAUCUUAACACUAGAGGUACAAAAGAGAAACAGAAAAGGGAUGCUCACAAGUUACUCAAAAGAAAUAACUCAAUUAAUCAAAAGAAAUUGAUAUUCCAAUUACACUCAAGUCUGGGUAGAAACUGUUUGUUCUUAGGCACUGAUCUCGUUUUCGAUAUGUUGCUAGCUGGAUAUUAUCUUGAUAAGGCUACUUUUCAGAGUGUUUGUUUCCAUUGGUGUUCUUUGGCAUUAGGAGAAAUGGUUCAUGCUUGUCUUUUGAAAAGCAACAUUGAACAAGUAUUGCUCUUUAGAUAA